CCCGCCCGCCGACUCCUCUUGCUGGACGGAAGCCAUCUCUCUCUCCCUGCCAGGGGCAGAGCGCGCAGGCAGUUUACCUUCUAAAAACAAUCAUUAGUUGCGAUAAAAAUUACUCACAAAGUUUAGUAUCUGAACAACGCCACUCAUUCGUGCCCGCCGGUGCAGAGGCUGUGGGAGUAGCGGACCCCAGAGGACCCCAGAGGACCCCAAGGGGGACCCCCGCUCGUGGUCGGCCGUUGCGGGACCUCGAUCUAGUCGAGUUUCCCUGCAGGACAUCCCCUUGCGUCUCUCGUUAGGACUGUCCCGGUGUCUCUGCUCGACCUCCCAGCCACCUACUUACGGAUUGCAGUUAUGGCGAAACGAAUUCCCAGCCUCCUUGACAACAUGUUUUCAAUUCAGCUGCCCAGCAAAAAAGGGGAAGGGAUCCUGGGACCGGUGCCAGGGCACGAGGAGCUCUUCCCGCACUCCGACGAGCAGCCGCCGCUGGGUUUUGGGCGCCCACCGAUCCUCGGCAGGCCGCCGAGGGAAAUGCUUCCGCGGCAAGCGCACCCACUCAGCGCCGCUGCAAUGGGUGGGAGACACCACGUUGAGUUCUCCGGAAUGCCAGACCCGCGAUCCGGAGUGGGCAUCCUGGGGCCGGCUCCUGGGCAGGAGGACCUCUACCUGCACUCCUCCACCUUCGGCGGAAGGGAGUUGCCUCCGCGGCAAGGGCGCGCACUGAGCCCUCCUCCCCCGCUGGGCCUGCGCCCCCCGCCGAACGACCAGCCCCGGCCCAUGCUUCUGAAACACCGCAUGGCCGCCCGCGACGAAGACUACGGUGGGCGUGGCGACGACGCACCCGUGUACAGAGAGGUGCAAGACUCGCACUCUUACGACUGUGUGCCCUCCAACGAUGACUACGUUACGCAGCAUCACACGCAGCAACGCUUUGAGUACGGCCACCAAGCGACACCGCUGGAUGGCGGCAGCAUAGCGGGAGACCCCUACGAUCGUAAAAACUACGAUUGCGACACCUACGAACGCGAGCAGUACGAUCGAGACCGCUACCAACGCGACCCCUACCGACGCGACGCGUACGACCGUGAAAGCUACGCGCCUGCCGCGGACGGCGGCGAGUACGAGAUAACGAGGCCCGACCCGUACGAGAGAGCGUCGGCACCAUAUGGGACGGCCUACGAGCAGGCUCCAGAGGCGCCGCAUUCCGGGCGGGGGCUGCUCGGUUCGCCACCACCCCUGGUGCCGCCACCGCAGUUAAACCCGUACCCGCAGACGAGCCUGCUGGGGGACCCCUACAUGCCACGGCCGACGGUGGCGCCACCGGUGCUGCCUUUGCUGCACACCCCCCUGCCCUUGCCAGUGCGCAGACAUGUCGGGACCCUACACCCGCAGACGAGCCUGCUGGGGGACCCCGACAUGCCGCGGCCGGCAGUGGCGCCGCCAGUGCUGCCUUUGCUGCAAACCCCCCUGCCUUUGCCAGUGCGCAGACGCGUCGGGCCUUACGAGCGGGACAACCGUGUCGCGUCUCGUAGCCGUGCCCGCGGUGGGCAGACGCGCAGCAGCAGAGGCCGACUCAACACGUCUGCCGCGAACAAGCGGUCACAGUCUGCCAACGGGCACGGGGGCACCGCCUCCAGAGGAAGAACGCAUGGUGUUGGGGGCACUGGGGAUUCUCAGAUAAGCACAGCAGGAAAACAUGGCUCAGAAGCACCCCCAGAAAAGAAAGCCAAGCUACAGACUCGCGACGGAGCGAAGGAUUUGGAGAAGCAUUCCGACGCCUCGGCCAAAGAUGGGAACAAAGGCGACAACGAGAGCAGCACUGAGGCUGCUGCCGAUGGAAAUGACAAGAACAGUUCAGAGAAGAGCCUGCUGACAAUGACGAUUCAGCGCGGAGAGAGCAGCAGAGCCUUCAAGGGUGGCAGUCCGAGCCAGAAGCAUACAGAAAAGAGCGACGCGGUGGAAGACAAAGUUCCCAUCACGUGCCACCUCUGCAACGUCACCUGCGCCAACAAUCGGCAUUUCAAGAACCACAUGAACGGUGCGAUGCACGCACGCUGCAUGCAGGAGGUGCAGCAGAAAAGCAGCGUGCAGGUCGCCAUGCUGCUCGCCCAGGAUGGCUCCAAAUCAGCUGAACACUGCCUCCUCAGCGUCGUGUCGCCUGAUCUCGGCAAGCCAGCCUCCCGCUGGUGCAGCACGUGCAAGGAAUACUUCACCUGCAACGUGGUGGAACAUCGGCGCAGCCAGAUACAUAAGAAAGCCAAGAACUCGACCAGACCGUACUGCACCAUCUGCAGGUGGAACACACGUUCUGUGCGCAAGUUCGUGGAGCACAUGAGCUCGGAGGAGCACAGACAGCGCGCACAGCUGGUGCAGAGCGGCAAUGCAGGGAAAUCUGGACAGAGCCCAGGGCCAACGGAGGAGCUGAUAACGGUGGACGCCGUGGGCUGCUUCGAGGAUGGAGAUGAGGAGGACGAGGAAGAGGACGAAGAAGAGGACGAGGAGGAUGAGGAUAAUGAGGAGUCCGCCGGGGAUUGUGCCAUCAAGAAGCUGAGAAAAGUCGUGAGGCCGGCAAGUGACAGCGCUGCAUCCCACGACGAGCAUAAUGAUGAUGACGAUGACCGCGAGGAGGAGAAGUUCCACGUCAAAGAGAAAGAUGAGGACAUCGGCAAGAUAGGAGGAAGCCAAUCGGGCACGGAGAUCGUCAAAGAAAAAUUCAACAAAAAGGCGAUGGGUGUUGGGGGAAAUGCUGCGGAGAUGGAAUUUAACCCCAAGGUGGCGUACGGCGAGGAGUUUGUCGUCACCGUCAGUGGCUUGCUCUGCCACCUGUGUCAAAAAUUCUACCGCGCGGAGCCCUCGGCGAGGCUGGCUCACUGCCGCUCGCGCGCUCACUUUCUCAAACUUCAGAAGCACCUGCAGGCUAGCGGCUCCGGGCAGACUUCCCAAGUGCGUGGUGGAUCGAGCAAGCGGGGCAUGACGAAGGCCCAGAAGCAGCCAGGUGGGGAGAAGGAUCCAGAGGGCAUGGUUGGUGAACCCAAUGAGGUCGACAUCCUUGAAGAUGCUCCUUCCAAAGAAAGUGGCGAGGGAGUUCAAGAUAAGGACGACCUCUGGCUGGCUGACCACCAGAGCACGGAUGAGGACACGGACUUCUUGGAGGGGCUGCUAGCGCAGGACGAUGAUUUUGGCUACUCCAUUGGCCUCGAUAAGGAGGAAGACCUCAAUGAUUUCCCCAUUUAGUUUCCAGCCCAGAGGCAUUUGCGCUUGAACAGAGCUCACGAGAGCCACCUUUGUGAAAUAUUGUGGCAAAGGCAUAUAACUGAGUUUCAAUUAGCGUAGGAGCCCUUUACAUUAUAAUGAUUCUAUUUUAAAGACCUUUGUCUAUCCACUGCUGGAUGAAGGCCUCUCCACGCUGUCAGAUAUGGGGGUUGUUUGACCAUACUUCACCAGUCUGGCCACUGUGGGUUGGUAAAGGUGGGGGUCAAGGACCGGCUCGGAUAACACUCGCAAUGGUUGUUUGCGAUGUCUGGCAUUUAAAUUUGAAUCGCUUGCUUCAUAGCGAAGUGCGCUAACCAUUACGCCACCACCUCCCCCGAAUUGCAUUAUAGCAGCGGCGAGGAAAGUUAAAGCACACAAAAAAAAUUAAGUGUACAAUUCUGAAAGUCUCGUGAUUUUUCUAUGAAGGGUCCUGCAAGUUUCAGUGGUGGGCUGAUGUAUAUGUAGUACAAUUGACCAUUUUGCAGGGCGUUUUUUUUACUCUUAAUUCCGACGCCAGCACACGUAUGCGUGUGUAUAUGUACGGAACUGGAUAAUUUCUGUGCAGCGGUUUGGGAUUAAAUUGAAUGAAUGACGCUAUAUAAAGUGAAAUUAUUAUGUUGGAACUUCUUUUGCGCCAUAAGUAGCCAACCGCGCCAAUCGGAGGUGCAGGAAAUGCUGUCUUGUGAACAACGCACCAGUACAGCGAGUCCGCGAUCGACGUCCCGAUUUGCAUUGAGAAAAAGUAAGAAAGAAAUUAGUUUCCAAUCUGGAUAUAAAAGUGCAUAGCUGCUGUGGUAAUCAUUUUAAUAUUUUUGUGCAAAUUUUGACCAAAAAAAGUAUCCCAAAAAUAUGAAGUCAAUGGUAAAUUCUCUUUUGAUUUACAUUCAACUUUAAGUCGUGUUUCCCAGGGACGCAUCUCCAACGUAAAUAAAGGACUUACUGUUUACCGUCAAACUGAAGCAGGCGGCGUAUAUAUAUAUUUUUGUUUUCUUUAUUGGGGAUACCCGUUGCAUGCGAACCGCAAACACGUGGGAAUGAGCGGCGAUACGUGCUACCGUCGGGGGCCAUGUCCACCGCCCCAAUGUGAGAGAAUAAUGUGCGACGCUUAGCAAGUUAAAGUUAUCUUACAAACAAGUGGAAGUUGCCGUUCUUGAUCCCCCCCCCCCCCCCCCCACCAGGCCUUUCCACGCCCCCUCUCCUCACUUUGUCCACCUUUUCCCUGGCACCGACGUGCUCUCUUUGUGCACAUGGCCAUAUCUCUUCCCCAACCCUACACGGCGCUCCUCCAUAAGCUCAACUGUCUGGCCACCAGACCUCUGCCCCUACCACCCUCCACUUAUCCUCAUCCAUGGCCAUUUACAACUUCACGCAUGUGCCCCGUACCCCACUGCCUCUCACCCACGCUGCACCCAUCAGACACGCGGACUCACAUCACACUCCACCUUAUUCUGCCUUGCCUACCCCUGCCGCAUCAGCGCCAGCCCCUGGCCCUCCAUCCAUUCCAUCACCUUCCUCGCUGAACGCCGCCGUCGGAUUUCAUCUUAAAGCGUCCUAGAAAGGGCGCUUUAUAAAUGCGAAAAAAAUGUUUAUACUCGUUUAGUUUUGGAAAUGUUCGUAAUUUGAUUUUAGGGUUUGUGUUGCUGCAGUGGGAGUGUGAAUGAGUGAAGAAAGAAACGGUAAAUGCAGAAGUCUCUGUUAAGGGAAAUGUCUCCUUGAGAGUUCAUCGCCAAGAAGAAGUUAUGGAAUGCAGUUACCAUACGUCUGAGAAAGUUUUUUUUUAAUGAUUUUAUAAUGGUAAGUUUUUUGAAGGUCGAAAAGGAGCUUGUGAAUACAUUUGUUCUCAGGCACAAUGUAGAAUAAUGGGCACGGAUAUGAAUCGGCUUUGCUUACGAGCGUUGACUUUUUAAGUGUUGACAUUUAAGUGCUGUACAAAGGUGCGUGUGUUGCUUUGGGCUCUUUUUUUAAGUUGUUACAGGAAAAAAGUGAUCAAACCAUCAAAGUGCUGUCUUGGCACAUUCUUUAUAUUUUGAUGAAUUUCAGGUUUAAAUGUCGCUGGGUUUCCAAUUAGAAUUCUAAAAUAAUCACUGCAUUGUAAUAAAUUGUGCCCCCAUUACAUUUUACUUUAAUUCCGAAUAAACGUACGUGUGUGUCUUA